GUGGCCGUCUUCUCUCUCUCUUUUCCUCUUACACAGGUUUUACUAGAUGUUCCAGUCUUCCUGGCAGGUGUCUGGCAGUGUCAGGGGACAGGUUACAGGGUCUCGGAGGACAGGGGACACUGGCUGCCUUGGUGACAGUGUGAGAAUUCAAUGUACUGUGUAAUUGUGACAGUGACAAUAUGGGAGGCAUUCUGUGUGAGGAAGGAACAGAUUGCUAAGUGUUUGGGGGAAGAGAGCGGCCCAGGCAUAGAGAACAGGGAACAGAUGCAGGAAAGGAGAGGAGGAGAGGACAGCAAGACUGUGAGGGGACAUGGAGGGGAGACUCACAUGAUGGGGGGAGAGCGGCGCAGUGUGCAGGGAGAUGUAUGCCAUCCUCACCGGGCCAGACUGCCAGGGAUGCAUGAGAUAUAUUGCAGCCUGUGUUUGUCUUUUCUAUCUUUAUACCUUCUCCUUGUUUCCUUCUCUCUCUCACUCUAUCUCUCCUUCAUCCCCCUCUCCUCCUGUACUCACUCACCUUCUCCCCAGCCCCCUGCUCCCCUCCCAUAGGCCCCCGCAGCUGUCACUCACGCCUGCCAUCAUCCCAGCCCUGGCACUCUGCUGCUGCCUCUAUCUCUGGUGCUAAAAGGGAGCAGUCAUAGGCGUCCAGCCAAUCAGAGGCCAGAGGCGUGAGGAUGCCCUGGGGUGGGCGUGGCCUGUGCUGGUCCUGAUGCUGGCAUAUUCUCCAUUGCUGUGAUACGGAGAGGUAGCAGCAUCGCCUUUUGUGAGCCAUCUAUGGGCCUGCACUCACUUCUCCAGGAUCCAUCCCUGCCAGACUGCAGUCCUUCUCUGGAUCAGGGGUGGACUAACAUAUUGAGAGCCUAGAAGUCAUCCAUGCAUUAAAAGAAUCAGAACACUGAGCAUCCAACACCUUCACAUCUGUUGGACAUAUCUGCAGUCAAGAACACCACUGUGCCUGAGACAUCAUCCUAACAGCGCUCCUAUCUCGAUGAGACAUUUCAUUUCUAGAGACUAUCAGAAAGAGAAGAAAAAAGGGGGGCAUUCUGUUUGUUAGGUUGGCAAAUAAAUACAUACAGUACAGUAGGAAUAAUAUUGAGCUGAUGUAAGAGAGGAGGGGGGUUCUCAGUUAUUAGGGCCAUCAGACUGCACCUAUAUUUUCCCAUAGGACAACAGUAAGGACGGGAAUGUAAAGAUAAGUACCCCCCUUUUUCCCCUUCCAUCCUUCCCUCAAAACCUUUCCCUUCCUUAUCUCCUUUUUCCCUUUAUCUACAAUUUUAUAUUCCCUCAUUUUGCUCCUUAUUCUUUUAUUACCUUUUAUGUUUUUAUAUAUUAUUGUUCUUCUUAUCUGGAUUUUGUAACUCUCCUUAUACUUUCAUUAACCCUUCUAAUACUAUAAUUUCCCCCUUUUGCAUAAUUUUUUUUUUUUAAAUAAUUGUUGUCUUCCUUUACAAGCACAAUGGCUUUGUUUUAAAUAAUCUUUGUACUCAUGCCCGAGCCUUAUUUUCCACCUCCUCUAUAUUCUCACUUUUAGUUCCUCUUCAUUCACUCUCCAUGUGGUCCUUUCUUUGCCUGUCUUCCCUCCUCUCCCUUCCCCUAUGUACCUUCUCCCUACAAUUCUAUGGGGCCCCUGGUCAAUGGGUCCGUUACUCUCGUCCUACUUUAGCAAGCGGUAAUGGAGGAUGGGGAGACGACCUCACUUUUCGGCUUCGAACGAAUGCCAGCCGUGGCCUCCUCCUUUAUCAAGAUGAUGAAGGGGACUGUGAUUUCCUUGAGUUAGCUCUUGAUGGAGGAAGACCACGAUUGAGGUUCUCUAUCUCUUGUUCAGAACCUGCAGUUGUACGUUUACCUCGGGUGGUGUCAGAUGGGCUCUGGCAUGGUAUAGUAAUUGGGGGUAAUGGCCGGGAAGGCUGGUUGGCUGUAGAUGGAGAAAGAGGAGCAGCCGAAGUACGCUCAAAGCGAAGAGAAAUGGUUCUUCGCAGUGACCUUUUUGUUGGUGGUCUCCCAUCUGACUUACGUCUUUCAGCUUUAACUUUGGGUGGGGCCAAAUAUGAGCCACCUUUUCAUGGUGAAAUAGAAGGUCUUAGGUUAGGGGGAAGGCCAGCUCAGCUGUUGGCCAGCCAAGGAGUAGGAGGCACAGAAGAAGAGGAGGAGAGGGGGGAAGAUCGGGAGAGGGUCCAGUCAUGCAAAGGAACAAACCCAUGUCUCAAUGGAGGAAGAUGUAGAGAUGAUGUGGAGGGGGAUGUACGAUGUGACUGUCGGGACACUGGAUACCAUGGAGAAAAUUGCUCUGAAGAGGAUCGUGUGAUAGAAGUUCCAGCACAUCUGACGUUAAGCAACCAAGGGAAAGAAGAAUUUGCGGCUACGUUCCGAGGAAACGAGUUCUUCUGUUAUGACUUGUCCCACAGCCCAAUCCAGAGCAGCGCAGAUGAAAUUACCCUCUCCUUUAAAACCCUCCAGCGGAAUGGAUUGAUGCUCCAUACAGGAAAGUCUGCAGAUUAUGUCAACCUUUCGUUGAAGAGCGGCGCCGUGUGGUUGGUCAUCAACCUUGGAUCUGGAGCCUUUGAGGCCCUUGUGGAACCCGUCAACGGCAAGUUCAACGACAACAGCUGGCAUGACGUCCGCGUCACAAGGAAUCUACGGCAGCAUGCAGGCAUCGGACAUGCUCUGGUCACCAUUUCAGUUGACGGGAUUCUCACUUCUACUGGGUACACUCAAGAGGAUUACACCAUGCUGGGGAGUGAUGACUUCUUUUAUAUUGGUGGCAGUCCAAACACGGCGGAUCUCCCAGGGUCUCCUGUCAGUAAUAACUUUAUGGGAUGCCUUAAGGAUGUUGUAUACAAAAACAAUGAUUUCAAACUAGAACUAUCCCGCCUUGCUGCCGAUGGUGACUCAAAGAUGAGACUAAGUGGUGAGCUCCUCUUCCGUUGUGAAAAUGUUCCCUCAUUGGAUCCCGUGACAUUUCAAGUGGCUGAAGCCUUUCUACGCCUUCCUCGAUGGGAGACCAAGAAAGCCGGAUCAAUAUCUUUUGAUUUUAGGACAACAGAGCCCAAUGGUCUUCUACUUUUCAGUCAGGGCAGACCACGAACUGGUAGUGGCCCAGCAGGAGCUGUUCCAGGAUCAGUGGCAACUGGAAGGCCAGAAAGACCACCGAAAGCAGAUUACUUUGCAGUGGAGUUACUGGAGGGAACGCUGUAUUUACUGCUUGAUCUUGGUUCUGGAGGAAUUAAAGUGAAAGCAAGUCACAAAAAGGUCAAUGAUGGAGAUUGGUGCCAUGUUGACAUCCAAAGAGAUGGCAGAAAAGGUUCCAUCUCAGUUAACAGUAGAAACACACCCUUCCAAGUUGGAGGCGAAAGUGAAAUUCUUGACCUUGAUGGAGAAAUGUACCUAGGAGGUCUCCCUGAACCGAGAGAAGAUCUUCAGCUUCCUCCUGAAGUCUGGACAGCCUCCCUCGGCUUGGGAUUCGUAGGUUGCAUUCGGGACCUUUUUGUAGAUGGCAAAAGUAGAGACAUUCGAAGGCUAGCUGAGUUAUCGGGGGCUGCAGGUGUCGCUCCUUUUUGUACUCGAGAAACACAACGCCACUGUACAACUUCUCCAUGUAGAAAUGGAGGGCAAUGUAGGGAAGGCUGGAACCGCUUUAUUUGUGACUGUGUGGGGACAGGAUACCUUGGGAACACAUGUGAGAGAGAAGCAGCAGUCCUGAGCUAUGAUGGCAGCAUGUACCUCAAGGUCCUGCUUCCCGGAGUCACACACACAGAAGCAGAAGAUGUCUCUCUACGUUUCAUGUCCCAGAGAGCUUACGGACUUCUUCUCGCGACCACCUCCAAAGAGUCUGCGGAUACAUUACGUCUAGAACUCGAUGGGGGAAAAGUGAAGCUCACAGUAAACCUAGACUGUUUACGGAUAGUAUGCGGGCCCAGUAAGGGCCCAGAGACUUUGUUUGCUGGCCAAAAGCUGAAUGAUAACGAAUGGCACACAGUCCGAGUACUCCGCCGGGGGAAAUACCUGCAGCUCAGCGUGGACAAUGUCACCGUAGAAGGACAUAUGGCUGGUGACCAUACUCGACUAGAGCUUCACCACCUGGAAACAGGCAUAAUGACCGAACGCCGCUUCCUUUCAGCCCCGCCUUCAAAUUUCUUGGGUCACUUAACAGCUCUCCGUUACAAUGGCGCUCCAUAUCUUGACUUAUGUCAGGACGGUGAAUUGGGCAGACGUUGUGAACUUAAUGCUCGUGCCGGUGGUCUUCGCCCACUGCUAGCUGAUCCUGUAGUGUUUCGAUCGGGACCGGCCUACCUUGCUCUUCCGCGACUUCAAGCCUACGCUUCUAUGCAUCUUCUUUUCAUGUUUCGAGGGCGACACCCUGAUGGACUCCUACUUUACAAUGGAGGUCAAGGGCCUGAUUUUAUUGCUGUGGAGCUGGUGAAAGGGUAUAUACAUUAUGUCUUCGACCUUGGGAAUGGUCCUUCCUUGAUGAAAGGCAAUUCAGAGCGACCACUGAAUGACAACCAAUGGCACAGUGUCGCUGUCUCGAGAGAUCCAGGAAACGCGCACACGCUAAGAAUUGAUGGAAGAACAGUCACACAGCACUCUACAGGGGCCAGCAAUCUAGAUCUAAAGGGUGAACUAUAUAUCGGUGGCUUGCCUAGAAAUAUGUACGCCACUCUCCCAAAGCUGGUUGCCUCUCGAGAUGGUUUCCAGGGCUGUCUUGCAUCCGUGGAUCUCAAUGGUCGCCUUCCUGAUCUCUUAACCGAUGCGCUGCAUCGGACAGACACUGUGGAUAGAGGUUGUGAUGGUCCCAGCACCACAUGCUCCGAGGAAUCCUGUGGUAAUCUGGGUGUAUGUCUACAACAAUGGGAUGGCUUCAUAUGUGACUGCACUAUGACCUCCUAUGGAGGACCCAUUUGCAAUGAUCCUGGUACCACAUAUAUAUUCGGAAAAGGGGGAGCACUCAUUACAUAUACCUGGCCACCAAAUGACCGGCCAAGUACGAGAGCUGAUCGGCUUGCAGUUGGCUUCACCACACAACAGAAGGAUGCAGUCUUACUACGAGUGGACAGUGCUUCUGGUUUGGGAGACUACUUGCAGCUUCACAUAGCUGAUGGCACAGUGGGGGUAAUUUUUAACGUUGGCACAGAUGAUAUAAAUAUCGAAGAGCCAGGGGCCCUGGUGAGCGAUGGGAAGUAUCAUGUGGUGCGAUUUACUCGUAGUGGGGGUAAUGCUACCUUGCAGGUGGACAGCUGGCCGGUCAACGAAAGGUAUCCUGCAGGGAACCCAGAUAGUGAAAGAUUGGCGCUUGCCCGUCAGCGCAUCCCCUACCGCCUGGGUCGUGUUGUAGACGAAUGGCUGCUAGACAAAGGUCGGCAGCUCACCAUCUUCAACAGCCAGGCGGUCAUCAAGGUUGGAGGAAAGGACCAGGGACGUCCAUUCCAGGGUCAGAUCUCAGGCUUGUAUUAUAAUGGCCUAAAAGUGCUUACCCUCGCUGCAGAAAGUGACCCCAAUGUCAGGACAGAAGGCAAUCUUAUGCUUGUUGGUGAAGUUCCAUCAGUCAUGACCACAGAGACUACAGCCACUACCCUAUUGGCUGACAUGUCUACUACCAUAAUGGAGACAACUACGACCAUGGCCACCACAACCACAAGGAAAGGGAGAUCCCCAACUAUGAGAGACAGCAUCACACAGAAUUCUGAUGACAUACUUGUAGCCUCAGCUGAGUGUCCCAGUGAUGAUGAAGAUCUGGAAGAAUGCGAGCCCAGCACCGGAGGGGAGUUAAUAUUACCCAUAAUAACCGAAGAUUCCUUAGAUACCCCUCCUAUUGCUACCCGGUCCCCCUUUGUACCUCCUCCCCCCACCUACCGAACUGUCCUCACACUGGACACCACCAAAGAUUCCUUGAGUGUUCCUUCCAACUUGAGGCCACCAUGCCCUUCUGAGCAAGAGGAUAGUGAUUGCGAGGAGGGGAUAGAGGUCUCUGGUUAUGCCUCAGGGGAGGUAUUUGAAUCAAGUUUCCCUCCUACUGAUGAUGAGGACUUCUAUACCAGUUUUCCAUUGGUAACCGAUAGAACCUUGCUAUCCAGACCAGAUAGUGCAGCACGAAGACCUCCAGGUUCUCGGCCAAAUUCAAGGGCAGGAGGUUCAACCUCCUCCCCUUAUGACCUCCUCACCUCCACCACAUCCCCAGACCUUGUCCGGAACAUCCCUGCCGGCAAAAUGAAUAACAGGGAGCACCCAAAACCCAAUAUAGAUCCAUAUCCCCAUAUCCCUACCUCUUUUCAGCUGGAUAAGGUGAACAAACAGAGGUUUCCACCUAUAACUUCUUCCCCUAAUUUCCAUAAUUUCCCCACAGCAAAUCCUACAGGCUCAGGGGAGAAAGGGUCUCCUGGAGCAGUGGAAGUUAUCAGGGAGUCCAGCAGCACAACAGGAAUGGUUGUGGGAAUCGUGGCAGCAGCUGCUCUUUGCAUCCUCAUUCUCCUCUACGCAAUGUACAAGUACAGGAACAGGGAUGAAGGGUCCUACCAAGUAGACCAAACCCGGAACUACAUCAGCAACUCUGCACAGAGUAAUGGUGCUGUGGUUAAAGAAAAGACAGCGCCCGCCACUAAAACAGUUGGUAAGAGUAAGAAAAAUAAGGACAAGGAGUAUUAUGUGUGAAAGUGUAGGAUGGACUCUCCCGACUUUGGGAGUAUGGUUGGGCAACAUUUAACCAGCCAUUUAAUGGAGAUACCAGACUGACCCCAUGCUGUGACCAAUCAUUGACUAAGCAAAAGUGACUAAGCCCCAGGUCAACAGUUGGCCGUCACCUUAAUCAACUAUUCAAAUGCUUAAACAACUGCCAACUGUUAAAACCCAACUAAUGGUUAUCCAGACAUUAACCUUUGGUCAGCCAUUUGAAUGUCAAAAUUAGCCAACGUACUGUACUGUAUCUACAGUAACCAAGGAAGCAUUCAUGGACAUGUCCACUGUUUAUCAAAACCAUCUAGCAGUGGAUGAACACCAACCAGUCAUCUACCAAUUGACCAUGAUCUGAACAUCUGUUGAAACGAUUAUGUGCCCAGUCUCUCAACUAAACUUUUUACUUUAACCUUAAACAGGAAACACAUGUCCUUUUCAUUCCUGCUCAUCUCUUCCUCCUCCUGUUUUGAGAGGAAAAAAGCCAAGAUUUACUGAGAUUUUAUGUUGGCAACUCCUGAAAACAUAAAAAAAAAAAACAAUAAAAGAUGAAAAAACUUCUUUCCUGUCAAAGUAUGGUAGCACUGAGAAAGGGAAUGUAGUAUGGAGAUCUCCUUCCAUGGACAAACGUAUCGAAAUUAGGAGAGAUGGUCAAUAAUAAUCAACUAUAAUCCUUUAACAACGUGGAGCCAUUGAGGGGAGAGGAUGGUAGUGUGUUGAGACAACCACUUUUAGAGACAAAGACUCGCAAACAAAAUUGAAAGAGGGCUAAAAGGACUGGCCUUGGUUAUGCUCUCCCCUCCCUUAUCCUCAUUGCCCCUCAAAUUCCUCUAUGCUCUCCUAAAGAUCAAGGUUAUUUCUAUUCUGGUUUGUGUGGUGUUGUCUUGGUUUUUUGAACGCUGAGCCGUGCGUUUAACUUCUUUGUGGACUCAAUCUAAUGCCCCACAUCCCCUCAAGAAAUCAAAACCCAUUUUAUCACCCCAGGCUUUCUCCACAUACCCCUUGAGAUAAAAUGGACUUGUAAUAAGGGGUUUGGGCUACUGGGGCAAAGAGAGUAUCAGAAUAUCAAUAAAGCAAAUGUUACGGCCUUGUAUAA